AUGAGGUUGUUAUCAGGACAAGAUAAGGACGGCGGUGCGUCUGAAUCAGCUCUUAUGAGAGUAGAAGAGGGAAUUGAAACGUCGGUGCGGCGACGUGCGGGCGGCGGUGCUAGCUGGGCGCGCGUGCGUGGCCGGGCGAGGGGCUCCGUGUGGGGGCUGCGGGGUGUGCGGGGUCCGCGGGGGGAGGGGUGCCAGCGCAGCCUCCGGGUGCAGCACUCCGCCGCCGCCCGCCGCCCGCAUCGAUCCCGCCCGGGAGAGCUAAGCGAGGUUGAGCGACCGUCGCUCAUCGCGCUCCGCACGCGGCCUCCCGCGUCCGCGCCCCCUAUUACCGACCGCUGCCAUCUUACGUAA